CGGGCGGGGCGGGGUGGUCCCACCCCCGAGGGCGGAGCCGGGUCUGGUCAACAAGAUGGCGGCGGGCCUGAGGGCGGUGAGGCGCUGGGGGCUGGUGGUAGCGGCAGCACCCGCACUACCACCACCCGGCCUUGCUUUUACUCGUUCUGCAUUUGUUGUGAAAGAAAUGAAUAACGCCCAGCCAAACUGGUUGAGAGUUGGCUUGGCAUUUAGCACCAGUGCUGCCUUGUGGGCUUUUCUUAUCAAGCAGCAUAAUGAAGAUGUAAUGGAAUACGAAAGAAGAAACAAGAGAGGACAUAAAUGUACAGGAUGUUCAUAG